AAAAAAGUAAAAUUGAAAGUGAAUUAAAUGUCACUUGUGUCUAUAAGUGGCAGAUAAGAUUACAUUGAGGUAUUCGUUUUGUUUGAAAAUAAAAAAUUCCGUUGUCAAAAUGAUAAAUUAAAUUAAGAAAAUGAAAAAUGGAAAUAUUUAUUGCGUUGGGGCAUCAUCUCGAGAGAGGAGAAAAAUUGUUGAGAUACUGUUAGAGAUCAAUACUGCACAUGCGUAUAUUGGGGCUCAACAAUGCUUUCAUAUUAUCAACUUUUUUCUUCUCCUUUCUCAAUGCACUUCCUUAAUUAUCUCAAGGAAGAACAGGUUGAGAGCAUCAUCAAGCACUGCCUCAAUACAUUUCCUCAUUUCACAAAAAAAAGAGGCGAGUGCUAAAGUGUAAACCGUUUAAACAAAUAGCUCUUUAAUUUAUUAUUAUCUUGUAACAUCAUCGCCUCUACUAAACGAUUAGUGAAGCGCUAGUUGAUUAUAAACGAUGUCUGAGGCACCUGUACAAGAAGUUGCGGCAAUGUCAAUAACCCCGAAAGAACCGGAGGCAAAUGGCAAUGCGCCAAAAGCAGCAGAACCGUCGUCGUCUCCAGCACCAAAUGCUGAAGCGAGCACUGCCACUUUUAAAGACCAAUUUAAAGCAUUUUCAAAAUUCGGAGAUGUUAAAUCUGAUGGAAAAUUCAUAACAUUGUCUCAAAGUGAUAAAUGGAUGAAGCAAGCUCAUGUAAUUGACAAAAAAAUUACAACAACUGAUACGGGAAUCCACUUCAAAAAGUUAAAGGCUAUGAAAGUUCCAAUCCUUGAAUAUAAUAAGUUCUUGGAAGAUUUAGCUAAAACUAGAGGCAUGGAAUUAGCUGACAUCAAAAGUAAAAUGACCAAUUGUGGUACACCUGGAUCUGUGUCAGUCAAAUCUAAUGCAAAAGCAGCUGAGACAGUUGCACGCUUGACAGAUACAUCAAAAUAUACUGGAAGUCACAAACAACGAUUCGAUGAUUCUGGAAAAGGAAAAGGUAUUACGGGACGAAAAGAUACACCAGAUGGAAGUGGAUAUGUUGCUGGAUACAAGCAUAAGGAUACAUUUGAUAAGACACAUUAA